UGAAACGGAUGAAAAACGAAUGGCAGAUAAACGUAUAAGUGCAUUCACACAUUUAAACACAAAUAUUCAGAAGAGCGUGUAAUUGUAACUACAGCAGUUAUUCGUUGUGCAGUUAUUAGUCAUUAUAUAUGUUUCUGUUUCGUCUUAUACCGUUUUAGAAUGUGUAUUGAUCAAUAUGUCCGCUAGGGUGCGCCAUUCAACGCCAAUGUAGCUCUAACACCGCCGAAGAAGAAGAACGAGGAAAAACAUUAAAACAUCAUGGCCGCCACCUCGCCACACGCUGAUCUUCCUACAACUUCACAAAUGUCAAACAUGUCAAACGGCUCUCCAGAAGGCGGCAGGGGUACAGGAAGUUCCGAUUCGGAACCGGGCGGUUUGGAUUCAGAAGAAGACGAACGCGACGAGACUGAGCCGAAGAUUCUGGACACCCCCCAGGACAUCCGUCUGGAGGCGAUCGCCAACACCGUAGCCGUCCAUCCAAGCAGAGACAUGCUGGUCUGCGGGGAUGUGGACGGAGACCUGUACGCCUUCUCCUAUUCGUGUACGGAGGGGCAAAACCAGGAGCUGUGGUCCUCCGGGCACCACCUGAAGUCCUGUCGCCAGGUGCGCUUUUCCGCGGACGGCCUGAAGCUCUUCAGCGUCUCCAGGGACAAGGCUGUUCACAUGCUGGACGUGGAACGAGGUCAGCUGGUCACCAGAAUUCGUGGCGCGCAUGGAGCUCCCAUCAACAGCCUCCUUUUGGUGGACAACAACAUCCUGGCCACUGGAGACGAUGGAGGAACUCUGAAGGUGUGGGACAUGAGGAAAGGCUCGGCCAUCAUGGAUGUGAAAGAACACAAAGACUACAUCGCUGACAUCGCCGUGGACCAGGCCAAGAGGAUCCUGCUCACUGCGAGUGGUGAUGGAACCAUGGGCGUCUUCAACAUCAAGAGGCGGCGUUUCGAGUUGCUGUCAGAGUACCAGAGCGGCGAUCUGACGUCGGUGGCGUUGAUGAAGCGAGGCAAGAAGGUAGCUUGUGGUUCCAGUGAAGGUACCAUUUACAUCUUCAACUGGAACGGCUUCGGUGCCACCAGCGAUCGCUUCGCCAUCAAGGCGGAGUCGGUGGACUGCAUCGUCCCACUCAGUGACAGCGUCAUGUGCGCCGCCUCCAUGGAUGGCUACAUCAGAGCCAUCAACCUCCUCCCCAACCGCGUCAUCGGCUGCAUCGGGCAGCACGUGGGCGAACCCAUCGAAGAGCUUGCCACCAGCUGGGACUCGCGCUUCCUGCUCAGCUGUGCCCACGAUCAACUCAUCAAGUUCUGGGACAUUUCCACUUUAGCCAAGACCACCGUCACCGAGUAUCGCAAGAGAAAGAAGAAAGACGGACGCAUGAAAUCUCUUUCCAAGAAGGCUCUCGGAGAUGAUAAUUUCUUCUCGGGUCUUGUAGAGGAGCCACAGAAAAACCACAACGAAGACGACCAGGAUGAGGAUGAGGAUGAUGACAGCGACAGCGGCAGCGAUUAAGACUAUUUUACAUAUAUUCUAUGGUUUGUUUUAGUUUUCAUGGAAUAAAAGAGUCAAAUAUGAGCU